GGUAACAAACCCCUGGUCACGUGACUCUCUGAUUGAUGACGUGUGGUCGCUGCUGUGAGCUUAGAGUCUUGUCAUCGAUUCAGGCGUCUUUGCGGAUUUUACGCAUUUUAUAUCUUUAUACAUUUGCUGAUUCUGCCUGAUUAUGUCCACAGAUGUUUUGGAAGCCACAGUGAUGUUGGAGGCCUUGCGUGUGACGGAGCUUCGUCUUCUGCUCUCCCAGAUGGGCAAGAGUAAAAGCGGCCUGAAGAAGGAUCUCAUGAAGAGAGUCGUGGAUCUGCUGCACAAUGAGUGCAAUCCUGAGCUUCUGUCUGCUGUCCGGGAGCUGCAUAAACUCCGGCAGGUUUCCAAAGACGCCCGCAGGAGCUCAAAGCCCAGUCCUGUAGAAAUCAUCUCCAUGCCGGCGUGUGUCUCGCCCGAGAAUCCCCAGUCACCCAUAUCUGUCUGUACAGAACCACAGAUGAUCAAACUGCCCUUCUACCAGACGCUGGACACCAUUCUGCCACCGACUCCUCUGGUGCCCAUGUAUGAAGGAGCCAUGCAGAACUCAGAUUUCAUGUUUCAUCUCAGUGUGAGUCAACAAGCUCAGAUCCAGAACAGCAAGACGUCUCAGUCCGGUCUGACGUCUGUUCAAGUGGUGCUCAGGAUUUGCUAUAGUGAGAGCAUCGGUGUUGAAGAAGAUCAGUAUCCACCAAACAUCAGUGUUUUAGUUAAUCACGCUAACUGUCUCAUAGAGUGUACCUAUUCAUCCAAUAAACUGGGGACUGAACCUUCUCGUCCGUGUCGACCGAUCGACCUCACACCUAAUCUGUACCUUACAUUCACAAACCGACUCUCAGUGCUGUGGGGAAACUUCGGCAAGAGUUACACGGUGGCGGUGUAUCUGGUGCGGCUCGUGUCGUCUCAGGAUCUGUUGGAUCAGCUCCGCAGAACCGCGGUGGAGCAGCAGGAGCUCUGCAGACGGAGAGUUUCUGAGAAGUUGCGCUCUGAUCCAGAAAAUGAGAUUUCUACUACCGGCUUGCAAGUAUCGCUAAUUUGUCCACUUGCAAAGAUGCGUAUGAGCGUUCCCUGUCGAGCUCAAGGCUGUGCUCACCUGCAGUGCUUCGAUGCUUCCUUCUACCUGCAAAUGAACGAGAGGAAGCCCAGGUGGACGUGUCCCGUGUGCCACAGAUACGCUCCGUUUGAUGAGCUGCUGAUCGACAGUUGCUGUUCGUCUGCUGUUCUCUGCAGUUUGCUGUGUGAUGUUUUGGAGAGCUGUGGUGAGGAUGAGGAGGAGAUUGAAUAUCUGUCUGACAGCAGCUGGAGAGCCACGAGACACGACAAAAGCGACAAAAACAAAGAACGUGUUCAGCAUCAACAGAUCAAACACCAGGUGAAUUGUAACCCGAUGGGCAGUGUUAUCGUGGACCUGACUCAGUCUUCCUCCGACGAUGAGGAUUUCCACAAAGAAGAGACGGUUUCUACACAUUUAGAAGACAAAAGUGUGCACUUCAGGAAAUGUGGCAUAGUUAAAACUACUAAAGCAAAAAAGUCGAAAAACCCAGGUCCAAAACUAUAAACUAAGCUUUAAGUUUUAGUUUUUAAUAAUUGUUAAUAUUGCCUUUGAUGGUAAUUUAGAAUCACAUUUCCAAAUGUUUUUUAGCAGUGACAUUCUGAUGACUGAUUGAACCUUUUCUCAUUCACUCUGUGUUCUGCAUGAGCUAAAUGUAUGUUGUGUUUGUCU